AUGACAUCGAAAGAGCUCUACACGAAGGGCUGCCGAGUAUGGACAGCCGACAGAGAGCUCAUCUGGAGAUCAGCCCAGCUGACAAGCGACUGGGAUGAAAACCGGCUCGAGCUCGAGUUCGAGGACGGAACGACGCAGCUACUUCCGAUCAAAGAUGUGGAAGAUCUACCGUUUAUUCGAAAUCCUGACAUCCUUGUGGGCAGCAAUGAUCUCACUGCGUUGUCGUACCUUCAUGAACCAGCUGUGCUCCACAAUUUACAAGUCCGGUUCUGCGAUAAGAACAUUAUCUAUACCUACUGUGGAAUUGUGUUGGUUGCCAUCAAUCCCUAUGAGUCGCUUGACAUUUACAACGAAACGGCGGUAUGGGCGUAUCGGGGCGCCAGUAUGGGGGACCUCGAUCCGCACAUUUACGCUAUUUCCGAAGAAGCGUACACGAAAAUGGAACGGGAAGGCCGCAACCAGUCGAUCAUCGUAUCCGGAGAAUCUGGGGCCGGCAAGACGGUUUCGGCCAAGUAUGCCAUGAGGUUUUUCGCCACCGUCGGAGGCGAAUCUUCCGAAUCUCGAAUCGAGGCCAAGGUCAUAGCCUCAAAUCCAAUUAUGGAAGCCAUAGGGAAUGCCAAAACUACGAGGAACGACAACUCGUCCCGGUUCGGAAAAUACAUUCAGAUCGACUUCAACGAGAAGCACAUGAUCGUCGGAGCCCACAUGCGAACCUAUCUCCUGGAAAAAUCUCGGGUCGUUUUCCAAGCUGACGAUGAACGAAAUUACCACAUUUUCUAUCAGCUGUGUGCCGCAGGUUCGGCGAUACCCGAGUUGAAGCAUCUCAGACUGAAAAACUGCAACGACUUCCGCUACAUAAACCAAGGCCAGUGUCCGACUAUCAGGGAUGUCGAUGAUCUCGCAUUGUUCAAAUCGUUCACCGAGUCGCUCAGCACGUUACAGUUUAGCAAGGACGACCAAUCCUCGAUGUUCAAAGUGAUCGCCAGUGUUCUCCAUCUGGGGAAUAUUUGUUUUGUGAAAGGGGACGGUGGAUCCCGGAUAGAUUUCGAUCAGGAGAAUUUCGGCGCUUUCUGCGACCUGUUGCAGAUCGAGAAAGAAAAAGUCAAACAAGCGUUGUGUGUGAUCCGUGUUCAGAUCGGUCGGGAACUUGUCACCAAGCAUCAGAAACCACAGGAAGCUUCAACCUCUCGGGAUGCGCUGGCGAAGCACAUGUACGCAAUACUCUUCGAUUGGAUUGUAGAAUCCGUCAACAAGGCGCUCGGUGGUAGAGAGAAACGAAAGCACUUCAUCGGGGUCCUCGAUAUAUAUGGAUUCGAGACAUUCCAGCGGAAUUCAUUCGAGCAGUUCUGCAUAAAUUACGCGAACGAAAAACUUCAGCAACAAUUCAAUCAGCACGUCUUCAAGCUGGAGCAAGAGGAGUACGCCCGGGAAGCCAUCACGUGGAGCUACAUCGAUUUCUAUGAUAACCAGCCAUGCAUAAAUUUGAUUGAGUCCAAACUCGGGAUCUUGGAUUUACUCGAUGAGGAGUGCCGCUUGCCCAAGGGCUCCGACGAGCAGUGGUGUCAAAAACUUUACACGCAGUGCAAGGAAUCGGAUCAUUUCAAGAAGCCGAAAUUCUCCCAGGAGAAGUUCAUCGUGGGCCAUUUCGCCGGAGAGGUGGAUUACGAUUGCCAUGGCUUCAAAGAGAAGAACAUGGACACCAUUUUGGAGGAUCAACUGGAAAUGCUGGCUUCAGCUAGGUUACCGUUCGCGGCAGCUUUGUUCAAGAAGCCAGUCGCUCCGAAAUCCUCCUCGCAGCAUCCAUCGACUGGGAGCCAAAAGCAGAACAAAAUGACGGUCGGUUCGCAAUUCCGGCAAUCGCUGAAUCUGCUGAUGGAAACUCUCAACGCAACCACACCCCACUACGUGCGGUGCAUCAAGCCGAACGAUGACAAGGCCGCGUUCGUCUUCAAUCCUCAUCGAGCAACUCAGCAAUUGAGAGCUUGCGGAGUUCUUGAGACGGUUCGCAUCAGUGCGGCAGGAUUCCCUUCAAGAUGGACCUAUGCCGAGUUUAUGCAAAGGUACCGAAUGCUCGCCUCAUCGAAGAUGCUGAAAAAAGAUGACCAGAAACAGAACUGUGCCUAUAUACUCGAUCUCCUGCUGAAGGAUCCGGACAAAUUCCAAUUCGGAAAAACGAAAAUAUUCUUCCGAGCGGGCCAAGUCGCCUACAUGGAGAAGCUCCGAGGCGACAAACUCAACCGAGCUGCCAUAACCAUCCAGAAGGUCGUCAAGGGAUUCGUGUACCGCAGGCGAUACUUGCGGAAAAUUAACGCUUUGCGGGGAAUUCAACGAUACGGGAGAGGCCUCCUCGCGCGGCGGAAGGCCAGACAUCUUCGAGAAACCGCUGCGGCCAUCAAAAUUCAGAAGGCUGUAAGAGGAUUCGUUGCACGUCGCAAGUACCAAAAGAUGAGGCAACUGUCUCUUCGACUCCAGUGUUUCGCCCGAGGAUACUUGGCUCGGCAGCGCUAUCUGGCAUUGCGGCAAAACAAAGCCGCCGUCGUCAUUCAGAAAUUCGCGCGGGGCUUCCUCGAACGGAGACGCUAUGCCAGAACUAUGCGCAAGAUUAUUUUGUGUCAGUCGGCAGUCCGGAGGUUUUUGGCCAAGAAACUCCGGAAACGCAUGAAGGAAGAAGAAAAGAAGGCAGAACACUGGAAAACGCAGUACAAAGGACUCGAGAACAAGAUUAUAAGCCAAAAACAAGAAAUGAUAGAUCUCACGAGAGCCAGGAACGAAGCCCAGAACAAAGUCAUGGUCAUCGAAACUCAGAUGAAAGAGAAGGUUCGAACACUCGAGGAGCUGCUUAGAGUAGCCAACGACAGGAAUAAGGAGUACGAGGAGCGAAUCAAUGCACUUAACGAAGCUUUAGAAGGGUCGAGGAAAGGGGAAAUGGACGCGAACGACAAAAUUCAGGCAAUGGAGAGCGAGAUCCAGUCGCUGAAAUUAAUCACGAAAGAAUCGUCCGCGGCCAAAGAAUCUUUCGUUGCCGCCCUGGUCUCUGAUCCGAUGCUCAAUUCGGCCACGAUCGAGAACAAGUUCGCAAGCGAAAAGAGACUCCUGGUCAAGGAGCUGGAAGAGCUCAGAACGGACUAUCAACGACUACACGAGGAGAGGGAUCAAAUCGUAUCGAAAAUAUACGGCGAUCCUGGAUCGAGUCCGUCGAACACGCUUCGAGUCCAUCAUCAUAAACGAACGUCAAGCGAUAUCAGUGCGAUUAGCGAUCAAGGAAGAGACGAAGACGAUAAUGGUUACGGCACUGUCAGUCGGAAGGGUUCGAGGAGGGAAGACAUAACGACGAUCCUGAAGUUCGAACAGCGAGUCAAAGAUCUCGAGGCCCAGAAAGAAGAGCUCCAGAAGCAGCUUGAACUCAAUCAGCAGCUGGGGAAACCCUCUACCAAAGACAUGUUGGAAAUCAACGACCUCCUCAGAGAGAAUGCGGAGCUCAAACCAUCGCUGAAGAGUAUGUCUGUGGCGGAGGGCGAUGAUAACUACCGUACUGUGGCGACAGAGAAACCGAAACAACUCUUGGACGAACUCUGGUCAUUCCUCAACUCACGCUUGGGGGAAAAAAUUUCAGAUGAGCUACAUGGGGAAAUUUAUAUGGCGUUUGAGACGCAGAAACUUAUGCUGAACCAGACGGAAAACGAACUCCGAGCGACCAAAAUGUCUGCCCACGAAAACGAGCUCGGUCUGAAGGGAGAAAUCCGCCAGCUCCGCGAGCACAACAACCAAUUCCAACAGAUAAUCUCCAGUGAUAUGAGCCCAUCCGAGAAAUCCACGACUUUUCUCCAAGGGGAGAUAGCCAGACUAUCGAGGGAGAAUGUCGACCUGAGGGAGAAGUAUGAGAGAGCGAUUGAGCAAGUUCGUCGACUGAAGCGACAAAGCAAAAGCGUCCAGCUCAGUCACACAGAUUAUGCGGACUCGAACCUGACGAGUGGUCAACUCCUCAAAAUUUGUCAGAUGUACACUCCUCUUGAGGGAUAUGAAGAGUCGUUCUCUCCGAAAUUCAUAAGCAAACUGCAAGAGUAUAUCCGGAAAACGUAUCCUAAAGACAAUUCGAAGGAUUACUUGAUCGAUACGAAGGCUCGCUUCCCUGUGCGCUUCCGAUACAUUCCAAGUGACGUACAACUCGAGACAGUGACUGUUCCUGAAGUUCUUAAUCUACACAUGUUGAAACGAAUAUGAGCAGCCGAGUGCCUCCAUAAACCUAGGAUGAUUUCGGGAAGAGCUAUUCUGUGGCGGGAUCAGUUCGGCCGAUGGAUUUGGCCCGAUUCUCGCAUUGGCGUCUGGAUUCAAACGCGGCCCUUUGAUCGGAGGGAAAUUUCAUUCACGAUCACUUUCUUUGCGCGCAUCUAGAUCAGAAAUCGAGUCGGGUCUUGAGGCAGACGAGAUGUCGGGGAACCCCAAUGUGGACAGCCAUCGGAACAUUGUGCCAUGAAAUCGCUCCCUCCCGUCGAGCUCUGGAGCUAAUUUAUUUGAUGUCGAGAAACGACUGAAGUCUUGUCCGGCCCAGGACUUUUGUGUUUCGCGAAGCACUUGGAUCCACAUUCCUAGCCUAGCUUUCAUUGAGCAAUGAAAUACGCCUAUAAAUAC